UUCGCUUCGUUGACGGUAUCAUCCAAAAACUCGCGUGCCCAUGCGAUUAGAUUAGAUGCCUAUGUCUAUGUGCUAGGUUUUUAAAGCUUCCAUUGGAAAUACAUGUUGCCUAGUCGUAAACCUGUAUCGCUCAGUUAGAGACCACCACUGGACGCGGCUGCUUCUAUACUUUGUGGCUAGCUGGCUGACCGAUAAGCCAUUGAGAAUGCGGAUGGAAAACGGAAGACUCUGGGGAACGCUGCACGACGGCAAAUUUGAGGUGCGCAGUGUCACUCACUCCGACCUGGAAGAGGCGCUAGAUAAAUUAAUUAAGGCGAUGAAGGACUGUAUCGAAGUUUUCGAUGGGGAGUUUGAGGUCCUGCGUGUGACUCCACCGCUUUAUGAUGAAGUUGAAGAGUUGCUUGUGAACAUUUCGAUCAAUUAUGAGUUCGUAUGUGUGAUCGCCAAACUGAAAGACUCUCCGUUGGCCAUUGCCGAGCUACGUAAUCUUAUAAGACACAUCAUAUCCCGAGGAAUAUCAUUCGCUAUACGACACGUGGAAAGUGGCAGAAUUGUGGCUGCAAUCGCAAAUAUAAUAUUUAAUACAAAGAGAAAAACUUUAUACUACCACAUUUGCGACCAGAUCAAGAGUCCGAACAUGAUUAAGUAUAUGGAACUUUGGGAUGCUAUCGAUGCGAGCUUUGAUGUCAACGAGCACUGCCAGGUGGACAGCACGGGAGAUGUGGAAUACAUGGCCACUGUGCCGGAGUUCAGACGACGUGGCCUGGGCCACAUCCUAUGCCAGCACUCCAUCCAGUUCGCAAGUCUCUUGGCCCAGCGGAAGCUGCCGCUCGAGACACUCGCCCAGCUGCCUGAGGAGAUGCGGAUUGAAAGACCGCAGGCCAUUGUCGCAAUAACUACGUCCCAAUCCUCGCAAAUAAUGGGCAGACAAUUGGGAAUGAAAACUGUGCAUAAGUGGCACUUUUCCGAGCUGAUGUCCUUGUGCGGAGCAAUGGCGGAGUCCAAUUGCGCAGCACAGGCCUGUGAAUAUGCAGAACUGCAAGUAGUAAAGAUUUGAUGGAAACCUAAUGCGCAAUCUGACUAGGUUCAUAGAUUACUUAGCAAAAAAAAAAAGAUAGUGACGCAAGAGUUCUUUAAAAACGGUAUUUAAUUUUUAUAAAUACAAAAAAAGUUUAAACAUCAUUCUUAUAUUAUUGGAAAUUAAACUAAAUUCCAGCGAAACACUUUUUAACAGUAUAAUUUCAUUUGUUAAGCUUAAUUAGGUGAGUCGCUAUCAUCUUAGUCAGCUGUUUGGAUGACGAGUUUCACCUUCUACGGGUAACACCAGGUUUAUACGAUGAAGCUGAAGAAGUGUGCAUACGAAUUCUAAAAUUACCUGUAAUUCUGACUAAUUUAUCAAGGAGUGCGGAAUCCUGAGAUGAUCAAACUACUCCGGACUUUAAUAAGGCAUAAUUAUAAUUACUUGGUUAUAACAGCAGAACUACAAAAUGAUUCCCUUCACUUUAGUAUUAUGCCCCAGUUCAAAAGUCUUAAAAUGGUUAGAUUAUAGAGAUGAAGUACGUGGUUAUCAUCGGAAAUUCCUAGUUCUAGUCCUUUUAGUACUUUGACCAGACAUAUCAUUCAUAUCGAAAGCUAAAAAGAGUAAACUUAAUCCUGAGAUGUUCGUGUUAUACAUAUACGAUGGUCACAUCCCCAUCAUAUGUGAGAUAUGUUCGAUCUUCAAGUGGCUCAUAGGUGGAAAAAAUUGGAGUUGACAGUCUUGG